CCAUCGAUCGACAAGUGUGUGUGUACUGGUUGGUACUACAAUAGCAGAUCGCUUGCUUGUUCGUCCGUCCCCACAGCUCGCGCGACCAUGGUGUGGAGGCAGAGCUUCCUGGACCUCAUCCUCAUCCCGCUCAGCCUGCUCCUCCCCAUGCUCUACCACGCCUGGCUCUACCGCGCCGUCCGCCGCCACCCCCUCUCCACCGCCUUUGGCAUCUAUUCCACCAGCCGCCGCGUCUGGAUCUCCGGCAUGAUGAAGGACAACGACGAUAAGAAGGGCGUGCUGGUGGUGCAGUCCUUCCGGAACGUGAUCAUGGGGUCCACGCUCAUGGCCACCACGGCGGUGCUCUUCUGCACGGGCAUCGCCGCCGUGCUCAGCAGCACCUACGCCAUCAAGAAACCUUUGAGCGACGCCGUCUUCGGCGCACACGGAGAGUACAUGAUGGCGCUCAAGUACGUGGCGAUGCUGCUGCUCUUCCUCUUCGCCUUCCUCUGCCACUCCCUCACCAUCUGCUUCCUCAACCAAGCAAGCUUCCUCAUCAACACUUCCUCGCUCUCCGGCGGCGGGGGCAACCUCGUCACGGGCGACUUGGUCGCCGAGAUCCUCGAGCGAGGGUUCACGCUCAACUUCGUCGGCAACAGACUCUUCUAUGCCGGGGUGCCGCUGCUGCUCUGGAUCUUCGGCCCGCUGCUGGCCUUCCUCUCGUCCCUUGUCAUGAUCCCGAUACUCUACAACCUCGACGUUGUCAACGUUUCCACCGGCGCCGGCGGCAAAGGAGAACAUAGCAGCGGCUGCGUCAAUGCCAAUAAGAAGGCCGAGAACAACGGGAACGGAUGCAUGCAUGUGUAAAAUCAACCGAGGCAACAAGCUAGCAAGUGCGGUUCGAUUAGCGGAGGAGGAAAUUAAAGGUGUUUUCAUCAGUUAUUUGAUCCGUCCCUCCUAACA